AUGGCCUCCAAAGCUGCCUACAAACGUCUUUCUAAAGAGUAUGUCACCAUGCAGAAGGAACCGCCGCCUUUCGUAUGGGCUGCGCCCGAUGAGAAGGACAUAUUGACAUGGAAUUAUGUUCUUCGUGGACCACCAGACUCUCCAUUUGCAGGCGGUGAAUACCAUGGCGUCCUCCUCUUCCCUUCAGAAUACCCUUUCAAACCACCUGGCAUCAAGAUGUAUACACCUUCUGGUCGUUUUCAGCCUGACAAGAAGAUCUGCUUCUCUAUGUCCGACUUCCACCCAGGAUCAUGGAAUCCUGCGUGGAGCGUCGCAACCAUAUUGACUGGAUUGGUGUCUUUCAUGCUGUCAGAUGAGAUGACUACUGGGUCAGUAACCACUUCUGACGCCGACAAGCGCACGUACGCUGCCCGUAGUCACAUAUGGAACAUUGAACAACGGAGAUUCAAGGAAGCUUUUCCCGAUGUGAGUCUACCGGUCAUUCAACAUAUAACGAUCGCAAUUACACCUCCCUAUCUCACCUGA